AUGGAGAACCCUCCUACGGAAGACGCGGUCACAGUGCAGUGCACACUGCAAUACGCAACGAACAAAUGUGAAACCAAAAGUGAGUUCAAGAGUGUAGUUCAAAAUGAUGAGGAAGACAUAACCAAUUUUAUAGUUAGGAAAAAAAUGAACUUGACGAAGGAGAAAAAUGAAAACGUGAAAAAUAUGAAAAAAUUAAUUUCAAAACAUCCAGACAUUUUUAUCAAGUCAUCUAUCCUAUCGAGAGAGUUCCAACAAAAUGUCCAGGACAUCCAAAUUGUUGUGGAUGACUUGAGAAAUAAUUGCGAGAAAAUAGUAGCCCUGUUCCAGGAGGAUCAUCAUAAGAGCAUCAUGGAAGGGAUGAGCUUUCCCAACAGUAUACAGGACAAAACGAGGAGUGGCCUUCCUGCAGACAUGCUCAAAAUUCCUUUAAUAAUUCAUCGGAAUAACGAGAAGGGAAACGUGCACGAAAGCAUGAAGUAUUUGCCCCUGUGUGGAAGGGUGAAAUCCUAUCUGUGUGCAUUGUACAACUGCGAAUCGAAUGAGCGCAAUUUGGGAAUGUACCUACGGAGUUAUAAAAAAAAACUGAACAAAGAACUAAGGAAAACCAGGGCUAUGAUCUCCCACUUAGUGAUGGAAUGUGAAAACGUGGCCACUUUGAAAGUAUACCUUCAAUAUCUGGCUAACAUACGAGAUUAUUUUUUGUUACCUCCAGGGAAAGUAACAAAAAAUGAAAAUUUUUCAAGCGAAAUGAAGAAUAGUGAAAAUUGCCUGAACGGGUCAGGUGAAAAACGGGAAAACAACCUUACCCGUUCAGGUAGUUUCUCAAAUUGUAAAGACGGGAGAAUGACGAAUGAGGAGUACAUGCAACAUACAUUUUUAACGCUCAAGCACUUUCGCAUACUACAGUCGGUGAGAGAGCAACUUGAGAAAAAAAUAAAUAAGCGAAGAACGAACAACUCAUUCAGUGCACAUGAAAUUGUCCAAAUAUUUUUCCAUGAAAUUGCAAACUUGAAGAACAGCUAUGAAAGUCUGUUCCAUUCCGUGGACGCGAAACUCUUUAGGCAUGUCGUGUUUCUUUACUAUUUUGCGCUUUCCCUCGUGCAUAUAAAGAUAAAGCAGGGGAGUAGUGCCCCACCGGGGGGAGGCACGAACAAGCUCAAUGCAGGAAUGAUCGAUGUAAUGAUGCGCAACGUGAGGGCGCAUGACGCGAAUGCAGACCACACGAAUAUAUACAGUGAGCAUUUGUUGAACAAACUCAAUCGAGAAUACAUCGAAGGACAAGUGGCAAACUGUACGAAUGAGGCGAACGCGUCGUCCAGACAUACUAAUAUCGAACAAGAGAGACAAUCCCCCCUGAAUCCUUUUCCCAACCAAAGGUACCCCUUUAUAAAUGUAAAUAGCGCCCUCUUCAAUUACAUGUAUUACUGCGUUUUCUUCAAAUGUGAAAAGGAAUUUUCUUUCCAUCCACGAGGGCGAGAAUGUGAGGAGGAAGGAGGGGAAAGGAUUCCACCAGAAGAGGAAAAACUGCCCCAUUGGUGGAAAAAUCAAACGGCAUCUCCCCACAAUAAAAAAAAAAAAAGUUCGAAGGAGAAAUCAUACGAGUUUGCAAAUACGUCACAUAAAAAUCACUGCUCUUGGGUGAAUUCCUUAUACCAGGAGGGAAACACAAAAUGGAAACGAAAAAAACAAAAUGAAAAGACAAGGAAAAUAAAGCACAACAUUUUUAUCCACUACAUAUCCAUACAGGCGUUGAUUCAGAGGGGAAGUAUAAAAGACACAGUGGAAGAUUUGUUCCAGUGUCGAAAGAGUUUGGAACAAACUGCCUUCGUGAAGGAGAACAGGGAGGCCAUUUUUAUAACGGGAUUAAAUGCGCCUGUCCUUGUUGAUAAUAUUUUAAGAAAAAUUUUUAUCCUGUAUGUUUACCAUUUUUUGGAGAGAGCCAAUUUUCACUUUUAUGAGAGCGUUUUAUUUUUUGAUGAAAGUGAGCAGGAGGCGUUUGCUCCCGGGGGAAAGAACAUCCUGUGGAUCCUGCGCGAGCACCUGAACAGUCGAAAGAGACAACAACGCUACGAAGGAGACGACACACGGAACGGCGACAUGAACGACGGGUUGAAUGGGCAACUGGAGCACACACGGGAAAAUCCCCUGCUCAGAGUACAACACACACUAAAGCACGCCUUCCUAAACUCGUACUUCCUCAACCUCCUGUUCAUCCUAAGCAGCAUAAAGCAGUACGUAGACAAAUCAAUAACCUACAUCAUCAUAUUAUUGUUCGAAGAUUCAUUCAAGAGUGUUAUAAAGAAAUUGGUUAUGAUUUAUUUGGGAAAGCAAAAUAUGUAUCUUAAGUAUUCUACAUUUCACCUAAUCAUGGAAUCACUUUUUAAGACCAUUUUUCCGUUCACCUUUUUGUUUCUGUCGCAUGUUUUCCAAGUGGAUACCUCAACUUCGACGGAGAGUAUCUUUAACGUUCUGAACAGUUACGGAGUUGGCGCCUGA